AUGGCCAAGAAAACCCUCUCUUCUGCUCCAUCUUCAUCUCAAAACUCACAUGCACACAAAACCAUUCCAGAUCCAACACCAACACCACUCUCUUCUCAGUCUCACCCCCCACAAACCCAACCACUUCCCACUUCAAACUCUCUCCGCCCCAACCGUUCAAAAAAACCCACACCCGUCGCCGCCGCCGCUGCUGCCGCCGCCGAAUCCUCCAAACGGUCCCAGAGAGUCUUCUUCACUCCCGACGAUGUGUUGCUCAUUCUUAAAUCCCUUUCGGAUUUCAAAUCCAAAACCGGAAAAGACCCGGUCAAACACUUUCAUGAUUUUCACGACUCGUUGAAGAGUGCGCUCAACAUCAAAGCUACAGAAAGGAAACUCAGAGAGAAGAUUCGUGUGUUGAAGAUCAAGUUUCAGAAGCAAUGUGAAACCGAAGAAGAAUAUAUCAAUUUUUCCAGUCCUUUCGAAGAGGAAGUUUUUGAACUUUCCAAGAAAUUUUGGGGUCAAGAUAAUCAUGUUGAAGAAGAAGAAAAAUCACCUGAGAAGGAUAAUGCUGCUAAGAUACUGAUGAAGCUGGAAGAACCACCCAAGAAGGAAAAUGCUGCUAAGAAACCAUCUACAUCGAAGAAACCGGUCCAGGAAGAACCACCCAAGAAGGCUAAGAAUCCAUCAUCAUCGAAGAAGAGGCCGAUCCAGGAAGAGCUAUCAUCGGUUGUUGACAGUGAUCAAAGGGGUCGUCUUAGUUUGAGUGAAAUGUUUCGUUUUGGUGCAAUGUGUAUGGAUGUGAAUGUGCUCAAGAGGGGAAUGGAUUUAGUUGGGGAAUCUGAGAGGGAAGAAUUGGAAACAAGGUGGAAGAAGUUGAAAGUUCAAGAGGCGGAAGUGUUUCUGAAGCGUGCGGAGUUGGCUGUAAAUCAAGGUAGAAUGAUUUUGAAGGAAUUGCGGAGAUCCUCUUAG